GGGACCCUGCCGUUUCAGCAGCUGGGGGUAUCUGCAGCAACCGCAGACUUGGCCUCCCGAUUGAUUCCGUGUCAGUGCAGCGGAAUCCGUUCCAAGAUCUCCAGAUCCCCAGCUUGAACAAAUAAUAAAAAAAACACCGGAACCAGGGCCAGGCGGAGAACCUGCACUUCGGAACAUCGGGGAAAGUAUUAACUGUGACACAUCUUCCCGUUUCCACCCCCCCCCCCCCACCUCUCCCUUUCGACAAAAAGAAAAAUACAACAGUUGAAGGGUCUAGGCCCGAAACGUCAGCUUUCCUGCUCCUCGGCCUGCUGUGUUCAUCCAGCUCUACACCUUGUUGUCACAGUUGAAGGAGAAAUGGGUUCUCCCGACCUCCUGCAGUAUUUGCGCUAAAACUAAACAGCACGAGUUGUGCCGGGAGAAGGGGUUAAUAAUGUCGGUGUAUUUAUUCCAGACGCCUCUCUUCUCGCUCUUCGUUUUAAACCAGUAACUGAUUUAGCCCCCACCCCCUUCACCAACCUCAUUUUGUGUGGAGUAGGAGGAGGAGGUGGCGGCGGUUGGUGGCGGCGGCCUGCGUUGCCAUGGUGAGGGCCCAGGGUGUGUGCGCGCGGGCCGUGUACGGCUGGGCUCGUGGGGCGGCUCAGUGCAGUGCCAGGCUGGUGCUGGGCAUCGAUACCAGCUGUGAUGACACCGGAGCAGCUGUGGUGGACGAAACGGGGAACAUCUUGGGGGAAGCCCUGCAUUCUCAGAAAGGCACUCAUCUCAAGGCAGGUGGUAUAAUUCCAACCGUCGCUCAAAAGCUACACAAAGAGCACAUUGAAAAUGUGGUCCAAGAAGCAAUAGAUAAGAGUGGUGUCUCUCCUACUGAAUUGACAGCAAUAGCAACUACCAUAAAACCAGGACUUGCAUUAAGCUUGAAAGUGGGCCUAGAGUACAGCAUAAAACUAAUAGAACAAUAUAAGAAACCUUUUAUUCCUAUUCAUCACAUGGAGGCGCAUGCACUAACUGUUAGAAUGCUGCACAUGGUGGAAUUUCCCUUCCUGGUCCUUUUGGUUUCUGGUGGACACAGUUUGCUGGCCGUUGCCCGUGGAGUUUCUGACUUCCUUCUUCUUGGACAAACUUUGGAUGAAGCACCAGGAGACACGUUAGACAAGGUUGCACGAAGAUUGUCCCUCAAAAAUCACCCAGCAUGUCAUACAAUGAGUGGAGGUGAAGCCAUUGAAUAUUUAGCUAAAAUGGGAAACCGGAUGCAGUUUGAAUUAACGCAGCCUAUGAGCCAGCACCUGGACUGUGAUUUUUCCUUUGCUGGUCUCCGCAAUCAAGUCAAUCAAAUAAUUAUCAAAAAGGAAAGGGAAGAAGGUUUCCAGAUGGGUCAGAUAUUGCCCUGUGUAAAUGACAUUGCUGCUGCGGUGCAACAUACAGUGACAGCUCACCUAGCAAAACGUACACAUCGAGCUAUUCUCUUCUGUAAAAAGGAAGGUCUGUUGCCUCAAUCAAAUCCAGCCUUGGUAGUUUCAGGAGGGGUGGCCAGUAAUGAAUACAUCAGAAAAGCACUUUCAAUAGUAACUGAAGCAAAUGGAUUCUCACUGUAUUGCCCGCCUCCGAAACUUUGCACAGACAAUGGCAUCAUGAUUGCAUGGAAUGGUAUUGAGAGACUUCGAGCAGGAAUUGAUGUUAUACAUAAUCCAAAAGGAAUUCGCUAUGAGCCCAAAGCCCCUCUUGGAAUUGAUUUUUCUGAACGAGUCAAGAUAGCAGCCCUCAAAGUUCCAUAUCUGAAGCUAAAGACGUGAUUAAUGCUUCUUCGUUGUUCAUCAUUUUAGGAAAUUGCACUGUGUUUGGUUUUAAAUUAAAUUCAUGCAUAUUGUAUUGUACUACUUGCAAAUUUAAGAAGAGGUAUUGGUCAUUUGCCCACUCAAGUCUCCUCUGCCAUUUAAUAAAAUCCUGGGUAAUCUGAUUGUAAACUAUAGUUGCAUGUUUGAAAUAUCAGUAAUUUAAUGGUGACAUUCAACAAUUGAGUGAAAAUUGUAUAUAAAGUCACUAAAUUAGGUUGAUGGCUUAAUCUUGCUCAUAUAUUCUAUAUUUAACAGGGUAGGAGCAUGGCAGCUCAACUCUUGAUUGUUUUUAUAUUAAGCUCAACAACAAACUACAGAACGUAAUAUGGUGAAUGCCUAAAAGUUGGCCUUCAGUCUGUUUUGUUAGGUGACAGCUAAAGCAGAGAAAACGGAGACAAAACCUGUGAUGCUUCCUCUGUCAGUGCUUUGUGGAAAAGCAAAAACAUCCAUAAUUAGCAAUUUUUGAGAUAAAUCAAUUAAACUCAGUUAUUUUUGAGUUCUUUA